UCACAUCUCAUAUCAUAUCUCUCAUCAAUAUUGUGCUUCUUACUAAGUGGAGCUUUACGCAAUCCCAUUAUAUCUUCCAUCAUCUUCUUCAUCCAUCCAACAUUAAUCACAAGAAUCUUUCAUUUCUAUAUCUAUUAUUAUCCCAUUCUUAAUAUUCCAUUUAAUUCUAUAAACUCAUUCACCACAAUCUUCCUUUAACUCUCUCACACACCCUUUAAAUUACCCCCAACAAAACCUUUUUAUUAAGAAAAAACACACUCAGUGGCGUUCUCGUAAUAUUUUUCAGUUUUCAUGGGUAAUAUAGGAAGUAGCGGUUCUAACAAUCGUCGGAGACACGGUGGCGGUGGAAGUGGCCGGAGAGUUCAUCCACCGGUAAAUCCUCCGCCACCGGAGGCUGCUGGUAACCGAUUUGUUUACCCUGCUGCUGCUCCUCCGUAUCAUAAUUAUCCUAAUUACUAUCCUCCGCCGCCGGGAACUGUUCCGAUGCCGUUGCCGGCGCCUUAUGAUCACCAUCACCGACAGGCGAUGGACCCAAUAUCUUGGAGGUAUCAGCAACAGGUGCCGGCGCCAGCGCCGUAUGUGGAGCAUCAGAAGGCGGUUACUAUAAAGAAUGAUGUUAACAUCAAGAAGGAGACACUGAUGAUUGAACCUGAUGAGGAAAAUCCUGGGUCUUUUCUUGUUACGUUUACUUUUGAUGCUACUGUUUCUGGAAGCAUCACCGUACUUUUCUUUGCAAAAGAAGGCGACGGUUGCGUCCUUACCUCAACGAAGGAAAAUGUUCUUGCACCUGUUACUAUAAAUUUCCAACAAGGUCUUGGCCAGAAGUUUAGACAGCCAGCUGGAACUGGUAUCAAUUUUUCAAUGUUUGAGGAAUCCGAGUUAUUGAAAGUGGCCGAUAUGGACAUCUAUCCUGUAGCAGUUAAAGCAGACGCAUCUUCAAGCGACGUGGAGGGAUCAAAUGAAACACCGAUAUCUGGAAAUAAAACAAACACAAACAACUCUCAGAUAACUCAAGCAGUGUUUGAGAAGGAGAAAGGAGAAUUCCGGUUAAAGGUAGCUAAGCAGAUAUUGUGGGUGAAUGGAAUGAGGUAUGAGCUGCAGGAGAUAUAUGGUAUUGGAACUUCAGUUGAGAGUGAUUUGGAUGGGAAUGACCCUGGAAAAGAGUGUGUUAUCUGCUUGUCAGAACCUCGCAACACAACUGUCCUUCCCUGUCGCCACAUGUGCAUGUGUAGCGGAUGUGCGAAGGUUUUAAGGUUUCAGACAAAUAGAUGUCCAAUCUGCAGACAACCAGUUGAAAGGCUUUUGGAGAUCAAAGUUGGGCCUGAGCCUGAGCCUGAGCAGUGAAGAAGAUAGUGUUAUUGACAACAAGCUUCCUGUACAGUCCAAAUGUUAUAUAAUUAAUGCUUUUCACUUACCUAAUUUCAUGUUUUUUCUAAUAAUCCAAAAAAAAAAAUAUAGAAAUUGGAAUUUAUGCAUGACGUUUUGUUUAACAUGGAUUGGCUGUCAUUGCACCUGACUUUAUAAGCAAAAGCCUCCUCCAUGCUUGUUUGAUUUCACAUCUAAUUUCUAAAUGGCUUCAAUGUAAUUUAAUGUGUUUCUCACCUUC